AACCGAAGCAGCCAACCGCCUCGUUUCCCACCAUGGAAAGCUCAUCCCCAUCCGCCACAUCCGUCCCUGACGAGAGGGAGGUUCAGCGCGCUGCCCUUGUCGAUCGCCGUCAGCGCCUAACCGAUGCCCUGGCGCUUGCUCCCUAUGAUCUCAUCCUCUACUUGGAGCGAGCCGUCGUCUAUUCUGACCUAGCGUACCCCGACCUUGCGGCUGGCGAUGCGUACCGUGCUCUCCUUUUGACAGACGAAGUUCUUAACGAAGGGUUCGAAUAUCACGAACAAGCCAAGGGAUCUCUUGAGACCCACUCAACCGAGCCUUAUCCCAAAGUCUUGGACCAUGGCGACCUUCUUGCCAACAUAAAAAACACGGCCGAUGGCGAAGACGGUGAUGGAUCCGAGCCGUACCGUCAACUGGCUACCACGGCCUCUGUUCGUUGCUUCCAGAUCCUAUCACUCAGUCUUCUCCUGUGCGGUUGUCUAGCAAGCGCGUCCGACUUUGUCGAAAAGGGUCUUAAGAUUCUUCCCGGAAACAAGGAGCUCCUGGAAAUUAAGGGAUAUAUCGAACAGGUUGCCAGGAGGAGAUUGCGCUUGAAGCCCGACGACCCGAUCGAUUUCCAUGAUCUUCCCGACACUGGUGCUGUGCGCCGUGAGAUCUACCCCUGGAACACGUACGAGCCUGAUCGGUUUUCGGAGGAGUCGUUGUCAUUUCUGAACGGUCAGCUCGAAACGAUGGCGCCCAAGUGCGCCGUCAAGGUUUCGUGCCUACCCGUUCUCCUUGAAGGAGAAAGCAACACCGACGAAUACGAGAUCAUCCCGACUUGUAACCAGCUGGGUCUCUUUGCGAAGGAGGAUAUUGCCCCUGGCGAGGCUGUCUUGAAGGAGUACUCGUUACUGACGGCGAACAAUCGUCACAAGGAAUCCACGUGCGAUGCCUGCGGAACUGAGCUACCACCGCUCAAAAUGCAAACAGAAGCCGUCAAUUGCCCAGAAUGUUAUGAUACUGUCUUCUGCGACGAGUUUUGUUUCUCUCAGGCCAAUGAACAGUACCACCCGGCGGUUUGCGACAAGGACGUUGACUCAAUUGCGAAGGACCCUGAGGCCAAGGAUGUUGCCGAAUCCCUGUACCUCCUCCUCUUGGCUCGUCUGCUGGCAAUGUCAAACCAUCAAGAGGUUCAUCCUUUGGCGUUGAAGGAGAUCAAGUACAUCUGGGGCGACUUCGUUCCCACCCAGCUUAACGAUAUUGACUUGUCGGUCAACGCCGGCCCACCGCCCGAGUGGACUUUGCCGUUCUCCUUCAAGUAUAACAUCGAGAUCCCUCUUCAUGUCCUUGAAAAGAUGGACAUCGACAUCUUCGAGACGCUCCCUCAACACGACCUGUGGGUCUUCAACACAGCGUACAGCAAGUUUCGUGGCACUGCGUCUGCCCGCAAGGGCUUGCGUGAUGGGCGUCCCGAGGUAGCAGCUGUUCAUCCCUUUUGGUGCUUGGCUAACCACGACUGUGACCCAAACGUAACUUGGGAAUGGGGUGGUCGGAUGACAUUGUUCGCUCGGGAGACUCGAGUCGUCGGCAAUCGGCCAGGUGGCAUCAAGGCAGGCGAGGAAAUCCUGAAUCACUACUGCGACGUCGAUCUGCCAGUCAAGGACCGAAGGGAAUGGGCUCAAGGAGCGUUGGGCGGUUGGUGUAUGUGCAAGAGGUGUCGUGAUGAAGCUGCCGCAGCAAACGGUAGUGAUUAGGAAAAAGGAGAAUGUGCUGUGGUGGAGAAUACGUUGGGAUAAACACAUGGCUGGGGAAAAGAUAACGGAACUUGCCCCUUUUUGGUAUGAUUGGACAGAAGCAGGGAAGAAAUUUGAUUGUGGAUUUCACUUCUUUGUCGAAGGGCUUGUCUAGAGGAAAAGUAUGGUGGGAAUUUAGGCUACAUCAGACAUACCAUAGUAUGCUGCGC